CGUACUACGCACUUUCUCCUCUCUUUCCGUUCCUGCUUCUUUUCUUUCUUGUCAACCUCUGAUUCAUUCCUUUUUUAUCAAGCAACCAUAUUCAUAUCCUUGCAAAUUAAACCCCCUUCAGAAAAAUACUAAAAACCACUUUUUGGGUCUCUCUUUCUUGUAACAAACACUGUUAGAUUUGCUGGCAGGAACAUAUGGGUAACUGCAUAGAUUCUUCAGUUAAAGUGGAAGCAGCUCACAGUUCCAGAACCCCUUCUGGAAUUUCAAAAGCUAGUCCUUCCAGCUUAUCUAUUCUGUCAUACAUUGAAACAAGUGACGCCUCAAGUCUUCCCACGCCAAGGUCUGAGGGUGAAAUCUUGUCUUCUCCAAAUCUUAAGGCCUUCACCUUCAAUGAGCUAAAGAAUGCGACCAGAAACUUUCGCCCCGACAGUCUUCUUGGAGAAGGAGGAUUUGGUUAUGUUUACAAAGGGUGGAUUGAUGAACACACGUUUACAGCUGCGAAACCUGGAUCAGGAAUGGUCGUUGCUGUUAAGAAACUUAAGACUGAAGGUUUACAAGGUCAUAAGGAGUGGCUGACUGAAGUUGACUACCUUGGCCAACUUCACCAUCAAAAUCUUGUUAAAUUGAUUGGAUACUGUGUGGAGGGAGAGGACCGGCUGUUGGUCUAUGAGUUUAUGCACAAAGGGAGCUUAGAGAAUCAUCUGUUUAGAAGAGGACCACAGCCACUCUCUUGGUCAGUGAGGAUGAAAGUGGCCAUUGGUGCUGCUAGAGGACUCUCUUUUCUUCAUAAUGCCAAAUCGCAAGUCAUAUACCGUGAUUUCAAAGCAUCUAAUAUCCUACUAGAUGCAGAGUUCAAUGCUAAACUCUCUGAUUUUGGGUUAGCAAAGGCAGGCCCUACGGGUGAUAGAACUCAUGUCUCUACUCAGGUCAUGGGUACUCAAGGAUAUGCAGCACCCGAAUAUGUUGCAACAGGUCGGUUGACAGCCAAAAGUGAUGUAUACAGCUUUGGGGUUGUGUUGCUUGAACUGUUGUCUGGUCGACGUGCUGUUGAUAGAACAAAAGCUGGUAUAGAGCAGAAUCUGGUAGAUUGGGCAAAACCAUAUUUGGGUGACAAGAGAAGACUAUUUCGGAUUAUGGAUACCAAGUUGGAAGGCCAAUACCCACAGAAAGGAGCCUACAUGGCUGCUACUCUUGCUCUAAAAUGCCUUAAUCGUGAAGCCAAGGCAAGGCCUCCGAUGACAGAGGUUUUAGAAACUCUUGAACAGAUUGAAGUUUCAAAAACCAGUAGGAGAAAUUCCCAAUCAGAACAGAAGAGAGUCCAUGUUUCUGUCAGAAAGUCUUCUGCACAAAAUGGGUCUCCUUUAAAACUUGCUCCAACUGCAUUCCCUUUGCAAUCUCACCCACAAUCUGCUUAUGUACACUAGAUUCUGAACAUGUGUAUAUAAAUUCCUUACUUUUAUGAGGUUGUGUUUUUGACUGAGAUGUAAUUCAAAUUGAAUAUUAACACAUUAUUUACACAAGUUGUAAAAGCGUGCCAAGCAGUGUUGUGCAUAUUAAUUUCUUCUUUGGCGUUUUUGUACUGAAUA